AUGGUGUAUAAUAUAUAUAUACCUAAGUAGUUUGUCGGACACAAAGCUAAUUAUAUUGCUGUUGUAUACUUAUUUAAGUACUUUCGAUAAUGAUUGGUAUUUAUAUUUCACUUUUUAUAAAUAUUCUGUGCAUUUUCAACAUAUCUUAUGCUCAAAAUGGCUUGUUAGAUAUUUUUAGAAGUAAUGAAAACGAAGAUUUGCAAUUGACGAAAAAUCAGGCAGCCGAGCAGUCUGAGACUGUUGACCUAAAAGUUUACUACGAAAGCCUAUGUCCAGCGUGUAAAGAUUUAGAUCAGACACAACUCAAGCGUGUUAUCAAUCUGUUAAGCCCUUCUCUCAAUAUUAAAACUUAUCCUUAUGGAAAUGCUGAUACAUGGGAGGAUAAUGGCAAGGUGGAGUUUAAAUGUCAACAUGGGCCAGAAGAAUGUCACGGCAACAUGCUGCACGCCUGCAGUCUACAACACAAUCCCAACCACACUCAGGCUUUGCUCUUCAACAUCUGCAUGAUGGAAUCAACCGAUGACUCACAAGGAUCCGACGAUGCAGCGGCUGCAAGGUGUGCAAGUGAAAUGAAUGUAGAGGUAUAUAAAGACGCAAUUAUCGAAUGUGCCAAUGGUGAAGAAGGAGUGAAAUUACAUAAGUAUUACGGCGAAGAAAGCAAAAAGGCAAAUUUUAACUAUGUACCCUUCGUGCUGAUCAACGGACAGGAGUAUACAUUCAAGAAUUCCUUGAUGGAAGACAUCUGUGCCGCCUUCAAAAACCCUCCAGAAACUUGUCGCUACUCGUCAGAACUCCUCAACGGUUAAUUCCAGGAACAUGAUUUUUGUCACGCAUGCAUCAAUAUACCUUAUGAUAAAAAAUAUCUUCCCACAUUAAAAAAAAAUAAAAAGAACUAAUUCUGUUUAUAAAUCUGAUUUCAGUUUUAAGAUAGGCAAGUCAUCGUUAGUAGGUAGAGUACCUACUAAUUCCAUGAGGCAAUUAGAUUAACCAAUAAAUCAUACAUAUUUCUGCAUACAUAAAUUUAUUUGAUGUCAUAUUUCUUUAAUAUAUUUACUAAAUAUAAAAAUAUUUUUAUUAUA